AUGGCGACGCUCUCAGCGACCGAAGCAAAGGGCAAGCGCACAGCCAUUAAGGCUAUGGCCACGCGUAUUAGGCAUUUUAUAGAACAGGCGGAUACCGCGCAAUUGUCGCGUUUCGAUUUAUCCGAAAGAAAGAAAAGGUUAUCUGAGCUAUGGGAGCAAUACGUUGAGGUCCAAUCGCGAAUUGAAGCGCUGGAUCUCGCCAAACCCGGCGACCGAACCGAGGACGUUUUAACUAAGCUACACGCGGACGAACGUGCUAGUUUCGAGACACCAUACUUCAAUCUCAUGUCACGCCUUGAAUCGGUUUCGCUUGAAAUCGAACGUCGCGAAGCACAGACGAUCGCUAGGCCUCAGAACUCCUCUACACAGUCUCGUAACAAUCCCGUGUCGACUCAGCUUCGCCUACCUAAAAUCGAAUUGCCAUCCUUUUCAGGAGAAUACGAGGAUUGGUACUCCUUUUAUGACACAUUCGAGAAGCUUAUUAAUGCGAACCCUGAUUUGCCAGCAAUCCAGAAAUUCCAUUACCUAAAAUCCGCGGUGCACGGUCCGGCCGCAGAGCUCUUAAAGUCAUUCGAAAUCACGACGGAACACUACAGUGAAGCAUGGGGGCUACUUGUAGAACGGUACGACAACCGUCGUCAUAUUGUUUACAGUCACAUAAAAUCGUUAUUCGAAUUGCCAGUCAUGUCAAAGGAAAAUCAUACGCAAAUGCGCGCAUUGCUCGACGGAAUUGGUAAGCAUUUGCGCGCCCUUAAGGCAAUGGACAGACCGGUUGAUACAUGGGACGAUCUUAUUAUUCACUUAAUCCAAUCUAAAUUAGACAUUGUAACAAAAAGGGAAUGGGAAACGAGUCGUUCGGGCUCUACAAUUCCUACUCUUAAGGAACUUAAAGAAUUUCUCUUGCAGAGAUGUUUAGCGUUGGAAUCGAUCACAAGCAAAUCCGAUAACACAUCUCAAAGGUCAAAACGAGCGGUGACGAACGCGGUCACUGCGAAUCUAUGUUGUGAACACUGCAAGGGAGAACAUCUUUUGUAUCAUUGUGAAUCGUUCAAAAAAUUACCCGUAGAAAAACGCUUUAAAAUCGUGAAGGGUUCGCACUUAUGUAUCAAUUGUUUAAGGUCUCGCAAGCAUCAGGCAAAGAAUUGUCCGUCGUCAUCCUGUCGCAAAUGCCAAGGGGCACACAAUACGCUAUUGCACUAUGAGUCGAAUGCCGAGCAGAAGACCACUUCUCAAGGGGCGUCCACCGAAGUAAAGGAGCCUCCCUCCUCGCCGGUGGUCACGCAAUGUUUGCAACAAAAUCCGUCCAAGGUACUGCUGUCUACGGCAGUGAUUCACGUACGUGAUUCAAAGGGUAAAUCUCACGCAUGUCGAGCGUUAUUGGAUAGUGGCUCGCAGUUAAAUUUCGUAACCGAAGAUUUCGCAAAUAAAUUACACUUGAACAAGCAUUCCAUAAAUAUGCCGAUUUCGGGCAUUGCAGAAGGUAGCUUCGAAGCGAGAAACUCAGUUGACAUACACGUACAGUCUCGAUUUAACACGUUUCAAGCACGAUUGAAUUGUAUUGUUUUACCAAGAAUAACGCAAAAAUUACCACGCGAAUUCAUUCAUCGUUCUCACGUAAAAAUCCCGUCCAAUAUCCGAUUAGCGGAUCCGAACUUUAAUGUUCCUAGUGACAUAGAUUUAUUGAUAGGGGCGGAGGUGUUUUGGCAACUCCUUUGUAUAGGUCAAGUUAAGGGGAGUGGGAGUCACCCCACUCUCCAGAAAACAAAACUUGGUUGGGUCCUUUCAGGCCACAUCACUGGCUCACAGAGAAGGGACAAAGGCGUCUCAUGUUAUUUGACCACAAUGGAGGAACUCGAUCGGAAUAUCUCCCGAUUCUGGCGAUUAGAGAAUGACAUUCUCGGCAACGCCAACGCGUUUUCGUCUGAAGAGGUCGCAUGCGAAACGCUCUUCCAACAGAGCACCUCGCGCAAUGAGGAAGGUCGGUUCAUCGUCAAACUUCCUGUGAAGGAGGACGUGCUCUCGCAAUUAGGUGAGUCCAAGCAAAUUGCUGAACGUCGAUUUUUCGCCUUGGAAAAACGGUUAUCGAAACAGCCCGAGGUUUACAAGGAAUAUCGCGAUUUCAUGCGCGAGUAUCAGGAACUCGGUCACAUGUAUCAGGUACAUGAAACACCAGAUUCCAACAAUCGUAUUCACUAUUAUUUACCACACCACGCGGUCUUCAAACACACGAGCACUAUUACCAAGCUGCGUGUGGUAUUCGAUGCUUCAUGCAAAACUGAAUCUGGAAGGUCAUUAAACGACGCAUUACUCGUUGGGCCUAUUAUUCAACAGGAUUUAUUUUCAAUCCUGGUUCGUUUUCGCACCUUUAGUUUCGCGAUGACUGCUGACAUUGCCAAAAUGUACAGACAGGUUUUAAUCAAUCCCCAUCAACGAUGUCUUCAGCGUAUUCUUUGGCGGGACACUUCGCAACAUGAGUUGCAGACUUUCGAACUGGCUACUGUAACAUACGGAACCGCUUCGGCGUCUUUCUUAGCAAUACGCUCCUUGCAAAAAUUGGCGCAGGACGGAACAAAUUCGUACCCAUUAGGUUCACAGAUCGUUCUGAGAGAUUUUUAUGUCGACGACAUGUUAACCGGUGCUUCUACUAUCGAGGAGGCGUUAGACAUAAAGAAUCAAGUAACUACUUUGCUUGAGGGCGGUGGCUUUGAGCUGAGAAAAUGGUUCUCAAAUAGCCCUUCAGUAUGCAACGAUGAGAAUUCUUCGGGUAACAAGGAAAUAGCUUCGGGGUCUGAGCAUGACAGAACUCGCACACUCGGAGUAUCUUGGAAUUGUCAACAAGACACCUUUCAUUUUACGAACGUGGUUGAAUAUCGACCCCCCUCAAGACUGACUAAACGCAAUAUCCUAUCAAGGAUCGCUCUGAUAUUUGACCCGUUGGGAUUGUUAGGGCCCACUAUUGUAAUCGGAAAGCUUGUUAUGCAGGAAUUAUGGAUGCUAAGGGUAGACUGGGAUGAGUCAAUUUCCAUGGAACUCGGUACUAAGUGGCAGAAUUAUGAAAAACAAUUGAAAUGCCUGAAUAACCUUGCAAUACCUCGCAAGAUUGUUGUCGAUAGGGCCGGACUCAUUGAGCUGCAUGGUUUCGCAGAUGCCAGCCAACGGGCAUACGGGGCGUGUGUAUAUUUGCGUUCGUCAAUGAACAAUGAUGAAUUCACGGUUCGUUUAAUAGCGUCGAAAUCUCGUGUAGCGCCGGUCAAGGGCCUGUCGAUACCGCGUUUAGAACUUUGCGGGGCUCUCUUACUCGCUCAAUUAGUUACCAAACUGAGGGAAAGCUUGAAUCUUCAAAUUGACACUACAUACUAUUGGACUGAUUCCAGCAUAGUAAUUCAUUGGCUGCGGGGGUCCAGUCGCAAUUGGACAACCUUCGUCGCAAAUCGGGUAGGUCAAAUCCAAUCGUUAACGUCGAUCGAGGACUGGCGUCAUAUAUCAAGCAAGGAGAAUCCGGCGGAUGCGUUAUCGAGGGGUAUCAUGCCCGAGGAGUUGUUACAUUCAAACAUGUGGUGGUAUGGGCCUGAAUGGUUGAAGAGUGUGGAAUCACAUUGGCCUAUUUCCGCUAUAGAUAUCCCAAACGAUAUUCCCGACAGAAGAAGACCCGACAAGACGUUUUCUUUCCAUGUUACUGCAUCUGAUCUUGGAUUGUUUGAAAGGUACUCUAGCUAUGAGAAACUUAUACGGAUAGUUGCAUACUGUCUACGAUUUAUCAACGCUGUUAAACAUAAGCGAGAGAGAUUUAGUCGCGAUUGUUCGAGUGACAGUUUGGUCAAUUCGAUGCCGCCACUUUCUUGCGAAGAAUUGGAAAAUGCCAAAUUAACGCUGGUAAAAAACUUGCAAGAAAGAUUCUUCAACGACGAAAUCAGGGAUAUCUCAAACCGCGGUAAUGUCAGUAGGAGGAGUUCAAUUCUAAGGCUGAAUCCAUUCGUGGACAAAAAGGGAGUUCUGAGGGUUGGAGGCCGUCUGAAAAACGCGAACUUACCUUUCGAUGCGAAGCAUCCUAUUGUAAUACCCGGGCGUCAUGUUUUUACACGACUAAUCGUAAUGCAUGAACAUAAGCGACUAUUACAUGCCGGAGCGCAAAUGACGUUGUCAUCGAUACGGCAGAUGUGGUGGCCAUGCGCGGGGCGUAGCGUCGUGCGUGACGUUAUAAGCAAAUGCGUAACUUGCUUUCGUAAUGCGCCGAAGUCAUCCACUGCCUUAAUGGGAGACUUGCCGGAGUCUCGCGUGAGUGUGUUCGAAAGGCCCUUUGAGAAAUGCGGCGUCGAUUACGCCGGACCUAUGUACUACAAGGAAGGGCAACGUAAAAAUGCUCGGCAAGUCAAAUGUUUUAUAGCCAUUUUUGUGUGCUUUGCAACAAAGGCUACGCACAUCGAACUCGUUGGUGAUCUCACUACCGAAACCUUUCUAAAUGCACUUAAGCGUUUCAUAUCUCGACGCGGUCGCCCUAGCGACAUUUAUUCCGAUAACGGCUUGAACUUUGUGGGCGCAGAGCGCCAACUUAGCGAACUGUAUGCGAUUCUCAAUGAGGACGUUUCGAGACGAAAAAUCAUGGACGCUGCGACCAACGAACGUAUAAAAUGGCACUUCAUUCCCCCAAGGGCACCCCACAUGGGCGGCUUGUGGGAGGCUGCCGUAAAAUCGGCCAAAUUUCAUAUCAAACGUAUCAUGGGUGAGGCAUCCGUGCGAUAUGAGGAAUUCUUAACGUUGUUGGCGCAAGUUGAAGCGGUCCUCAAUUCAAGGCCGCUCACUCCGUUGUCAGCGGAUCCUAAUGAUUUUUCGGCUCUCACGCCCGCACACUUCCUAAUCGGCUGUCCUAUUACCUCGUACCCAGAACCGUCUUUAAUCGAAACUAAUGUUAAUCGGUUAACAAGAAGGCAGCGCAUCGAGCAAUUGCGUCAACACUUCUGGAAGCGGUGGACUAACGAGUACCUACAUAAUUGCCAGCAACGGAACAAAUGGAAUACCGUUGAGGCACCUGUCACCGUGGGUCAACUUGUGAUCAUACAAGAGGACAACCUGCCUCCAUUGGUUUGGGCUUUAGGCCGCAUCCAGGAAGUGUAUCCGGGCAAAGACAAGGCAGUGCGAACAGCACUAGUGCGUACCGCCAAAGGCGUUUAUAAACGCCCAGUUACUAAGCUAUGUAUCCUUCCUAUAGAUUAA